UCUAUGGUCUGUAAUUGUUAAUUAAAUGGUGUGCCUUUCAAGUUUAAACAUUCAAUUUACUGUUUGUAGCUUGUGCUGUUCCGUUUUAUUGGGUGAAUGUUAAUAACGUAGUAAUUGAGUAAAUAAUAAGAUUUUAUUUGACUCCUUUUUCAAUCAACAUUAAUUUUUAAAAUGUCUGCGGAUAAUAUUGAAAAACUUUAUCAAAAUUAUGGUGUUCUCGCCGAUGCCAAAGAUGAUAUCGCCAAGCACGAAAAAGAAUAUUUGGAAAUAUUGGCAGCAGUAAAGGGAUCCGAUAAAGAGAAACGGCUGGCGUCUCAAUUUAUUGCGAAAUUCUUCAGUAGUUUCCCGAACUUAGCAGACCAAGCUAUCGAAGCACAGUUUGAUUUGUGUGAAGAUGAUGAUGUAGCAAUUCGUAAGCAAGCAAUCAAGGAAUUACCUACAAUGUGCAAAAGUAAUAAAGAGCAUGCACAGAGAAUAGCGGACAUAUUAGCACAGUUGUUGCAGUCUGAUGAUUCCACCGAAAUUAAUGUUGUUACCAACUCCUUGCUAGCUAUUGUGAAAAUUGAUCCAAGGGGAGCCUUAGCUGGUUUAUUUUCCCAAAUACAUCAGAGUACCGAUAGUGAAGUGCCGAAUGAAAUUGUUAGAGAAAGAUGCAUUAAGUUUCUUGCUACCAAAGUAAAGCAACUUGGACGAGAAGUUAUUAAUAAAGAAGCAGAGGAUUUGAUCAUAGCUGAGGGCAAGAAAAUCUUAGAAGAUGUUGUUGCGGAAGAAUUUGAACAUAUAAUGGACUUACUAACAUGGUCAAAGCUUGGUAAAACUCCUGCUGGUAAAAAGGAAUUGACACAAAUUAUUGCUGCAUUAGCUUUUAGCCCUGAUGACUGGCAUCCUGAAGACCCUGAAUAUGUAGACAGACUUAUUCAAUGUUCUCAACAUGCAUUACCAUUAUUUACUCCCCAAGUUGAUUCCACACAAUUUGUCAAUAUCUUCUGUGAUCAUGUUCUGUCAAAAUGGGAUGAAAUUGCAACUACUGGAGGAGGGACAGAUCAAAAACUUGAACUGUUGAAAACAUUUGCUGAAAUCACUGAACAUUGUGGUGACAUUGAAAAUGUAGAUAAGAAGAUCAACAUGGUGUAUGAUGUUUUAAUGAAUUAUCUACCUGAAGCUCCAUUAGUAAAUGAGGAGGAAAGUACAGAGAAGAAUGCAGAAACCGAAGAAAAAUCUGACGAAAAUAAAUCAUCAACAGCACCAUCCCUUCAAUUUUCACAUGUGGAAUGUGCACUCUUCGCUCUACACUCGCUUUGUCGCAAAUCUCCUGAAGCCUUAAGUGCAGAUGCAGCAAGGUUAAAAACUUUACGUUUGCGCCUCCAGUAUACGGCUCGUUUAACACAAGGGUACAUUAAGAAAUUAAAGGAAGUAACACAACAGGGCAAAAAGGGGGAAGACGCCAAUUCAGAUGAAAACAAAUUGAGAGUGGCUGCAUUGAAGACUACUUCAAAUAUUAAUACUUUGAUACGGGACAUUUUCCGAACACCGCCAAGCUUUAAAAGCAAAAUACAGCUGUCAUUCCAAACUACAAAAAAAGAGGAAAAAGAGGAUAGAAUUGUACCCCAUGAAGAAGACAAAGACUCUGGCGCCCAGAAAAGACACCGUCCCAUCACAUUUGACAAUGGCGAGAAAAAAGAAUCACCCGAAAAACGCUCAAGAAGUGGUGACAGAAACUUGAAAAUGUACACACCACCAUCUGGGAAAUACAGUUCAAGAUUGAAUAACAGUGGCCGAUUUAUGGGUGGAAGCUCCGGAAGGGGCAGGGGAAACUAUGGCAGACGGGAUUUUCGUAAUAAUGGUGCCCCAUACAGACGCCGCAGUAAUUACUGACUGACUGACUCAUAAAACUACAAAGUAUUUAAUUAGGGUUGACUGACUGUGACAACUUUUUGACUUACUUGCAGACAUUUAUUUGGUUCAAAAUAACAUUAGCAACCAUAAGUUACAAACAUCUGAGUAAAAACAUCCAUAAUUACUCAAAUAAAUGGAAAGCAGAGAUUGCAGCGAUAGUUACAAUGGUUUCUUUUCGUUUUAUUUGUACAUAGGUUCCUUGUAUGCAGAACUGCAUUGAAUUAAUUUCCAGUAUUCACAAAGGAAACGAUGGUGCAUUUGUGCAACAUUCAAAUGGCAUUAUGGUAAGUAAUAGAAAAAUAAUUUAUAUAUAUAUAUUAUUAUUAUUAUAGAUUGUUCAGCAGAUACAUCAACUGGUAGCUGCAGUGAUACCUACAAAACUUUGUAAGUAAUAGAUUUUAAUUGUAUUUUAAUGUCAAAAAUUGCUGAGGAAUUCUCAAGGUUCUGUCAUAGGUGUGUAAGUAUGGAAAAUAUAAUAUGAGUUAUUUAGGGGUCUAUACCAGUCCAGGAAGCUGAUUUUCUACACAUUUUGGUCCAGAUAUCUUGAGUUUCUCUUUUUAAAGGAACUCCUUGUAUGGAUUAAUUAAGUCUUACAUUCAAUAAAUAAAAUUUAUCAAUUAC